AUGAGCUUGAUAUCGAUAAGCUCGAAAACAAGGGUGCAUUUAUCACCAGAGCAUCUAUCGACAGUAACCAGUGAAAGUACGCAUACUGAUUGCAUAUCAGAUGCAUCAAUUCUUCCAUUGUCUAGAAGUUUCAUUCAAAUAAUCAAGUCUUCAAAAGAUUCGUGGAUUAAUAUCUGCAAAAUCAAGAAAGAUAAUGAUAAAGAAUCGAUCCAGUUAUGUGUUAAGAACAAAUUGGAUAAUCUUACAGCGGUUGGAGCAUGCAAGAAAAAAGGCUCGGGAUUAUGUUACGCUAAUGGUUAUUCCAAUGGUCAGAUUAAGGUUAGAGAUUUAAAGAAUAGUAGUGUAAUUAAGGAAUUCUCAGCACCACCAAAUGCAUCAAAUGUCUUCUUUCUGGAUUUCAAUUCAAGUGAUGAAUUUUUAGCUAGUGUCUAUGAAGAUGGGCUAAUUAAUGUGUUUGGAAUGCAAACAUCAAUCAAAUUACAUUCAUUCACAUUAGAUAAUCAAAGUACAUUAGCUAGAUUUCAUCCACAAAAACGAUCACAUUUAGGAGUUGCUUCAUACAGCGGCAAAGUUUAUUUACUGGAUGUUCAUGCCAAGAAAGCAAUAUUCAAAAAUGAUGGACAUUCUGCUCCUUGCUCAGAUAUUGCUAUGUCUGAGGACUUCAUAUUGUCAUCAGGCUACGAUGGUAUUGUUAAAAUCUUUGAUUUGCGUAAGAAAUCUCCAGGUCUUGAAAUUCAUGCUAAUUAUGGAUGGACAAGUAUCUCACUCUCAAAAUGUGGAGCUUAUUUUGUCGGUGGAAAUAUGAAAGGGGAACUAAUGAGUUAUGAUUUAAGAAAUAUUAAGAAACCACUUGCUAGUGCUCGAAUUGAGGAUUCAAAUAAUAAAAUUUCUCGAGUUGCCUUUCUUUCUGAUGAUGACAGUACAUUAUUAGAUUUUUCAAAGACUGUACGUCAAUCACUUUUAAGGAUUGAAGAGGAAAUUGAUGGAAAUGAGGUUGGUGAAUCAAAUGAUAGCUUUAUAGAGGACAUAGUCGGUUUCCAACGUGGAAGAAUUUCAGACUUUUCUUCAAGUGCAAUGCAUGGCACAAGAGUAAGUACAGCAUCACGUAGAGCAAGUACAGAAUCUCGUAUUUCUGAUGUUUAUGGAAGAAACAUGCAAGAAGCAUUAAAUGAUUUCGCUAGUCCAUCACAAUCACCAAUUAAUAGCCUUGAUGAUAGUCGUGUAAAUAAAACUAGACGUCGAACAGGUGGAAAAUCAUUAGAAGUGAUUCGAAUGGAAGAGAUUAAUGAAGAACAAACGAACGAUAAAGAAAACGAUGCAAAAAGUAUGAAUCUUUAUGUCCAAAAAUCUCCAUCUACAUCCAGCAAUGCCCCAAGAUUUUCUAGCACACCAACAAUUAUAUUGCCAGACACUCCACUUGCUAAGGCUGCAGUCAAAAAGGUUGAAGUUAUAGAAAUUGAUGGCAAUGAAUCAUACAAAAGUGCUGUUCAAACUCCAGAAAUACUUUCAAAAACUGAGGAACUGAAAACUUCAAACGGAUUUGAUUUUCGAAAAGAAUUUGAUGCUUUAGCUGAGAAGAUUCGUAUUGAAGUCGGAAUAUUGAAUAUGGACCAAAACAUGCGACACAUAGAAAUGAUGUGGCAUGUUGGCGAGCAGAGAAGAAAUCUACAAACUCGUAUUGAUAUGAUUGAGCAGUCUAUGGCCAUUUUAUUAAACGAUGAUUUUAAAAUUAAUUUAGUCAACGAAUUACAAGCUGAAAAUCAGGAACUUCGUCGGCAAGUCCAUGAUUUAACCCGUCGUUUAAGCCAUUAA